AAAUUCUUUUGCAAACAUUCAUGCCUAAGGAAGGGCUGGAACAGGCAGCCCCGGCCGCCGGAACCGGUCGGACAGGUAGCGAGCUUGUUGACACCGUUAUGUUGCAGGGCGCAUGCUCACUCCCAAGUUUCCUGGUGCCUUUUCUAUUCCACCUUAUGAAACUUUUUCCCCGGCGUGGUCUCGCUCGCGAUUUAAAGCAUAGGUGUCGCCGAGCCGGGAGGCUGGGAGUCGCCAGGCGUGCGGGGGAGAGGCCUGGGCCGCGCCGCGGCGGGGGGUGGAGGAAGAGGGCAGGCGAGGCGGGAAGGUGGGCUCUGGCCGCCGGGAGCCGGGGACCGAGCCGCCGCCGUCGCCCCUAGCGGGGAGCAGCCGGGAGGAGGGGGCCGCAGUCGGGAGAGGGGACCCCACCAUGCCCAAAGUCUUCCUGGUGAAGAGGAGGAGCCUGGGGGUCUCGGUCCGCAGCUGGGAUGAGCUCCCGGAUGAGAAAAGGGCAGACACCUACAUCCCAGUGGGCCUGGGCCGCCUGCUCCACGACCCCCCCGAGGACUGCCGCAGCGACGGCGGCAGCAGCAGCGGCAGCGGCAGCAGCAGCGCGGGGGAGCCUGGAGGAGCUGAGAGCAGCUCGUCCCCGCACGCCCCCGAGCGCGAAACCCCCGAGCCCGGCGACGCCGAGGGCCCCGAUGGACACCUGGCGGCCAAGCAGCGCCCGGUCGCCAGAUCGAAAAUCAAGUUCACCACAGGCACAUGCAGCGACUCGGUGGUUCACAGCUGUGACCUGUGUGGCAAGGGCUUCCGUCUGCAGCGCAUGCUGAACCGUCACCUCAAGUGCCACAACCAGGUGAAAAGACACCUGUGCACCUUCUGCGGCAAGGGCUUCAACGAUACCUUCGACCUGAAGAGGCACGUCCGCACACACACAGGCAUUCGUCCCUACAAAUGCAAUGUCUGCAAUAAAGCCUUCACCCAGCGCUGCUCUCUGGAGUCCCACCUGAAGAAAAUCCACGGGGUGCAGCAGCAGUACGCCUAUAAGCAGCGGCGGGACAAGCUCUAUGUCUGCGAGGAUUGCGGCUACACGGGCCCCACCCAGGAGGACCUGUACCUGCAUGUGAACAGUGCCCAUCCGGGCAGCUCGUUUCUCAAAAAGACAUCUAAAAAACUGGCAGCCCUUUUGCAGGGCAAGCUGGCAUCUGCACAUCAGGAGAAUACCAGCCUGAGUGAGGAGGAGGAGAGGAAGUGAGGAGAAGGAAGGGGAGGACAGACGUUCACACUGCCACGUAUGUCUACGUGGAUUUUUGGUUUUCAGCGUCCCCCACCCCACUGGCUCUUCUUAAUUAGAAGUGACCAGUUCACCUCUGUGUCCUUUUGAAACAUCAGCAGUAGGGUCCAUUCCAAGAUUGUCAGUUACCGUAGUGACGUCAGGCCGUGUAACCUGUGUCCUGUCUGGCGCGCUUGCUUGCAUUCACCAAAGUUUGUUUUCCACGAUCCUGAUGGCCAAGAACACCGUGUGGGAUUUUAUUUUUCCCCCAAGGAUUUUCACACAUGGAACGAGAGGUAUUUCUUAGAGAGAUCAUCAUUUUAUGGUGCCUUGAAAUAAAAAUACUUCUACUUGAAAUGCUGUUUAAGCAAGGAAAAUGAAUUUUGUUAUUCUGAAAGAGUUUACAGAAAUUAUUUUAAUAAACGAAAUGUUCUUGUGAAGCUUUUAAAAGCAAAACGGAACAUUGACCUACA